AUGUCCCACUUUCCAGUCCUCCUCCUUUUGUCCUUGAGUUUCGCACCGGAUGUUUCUGCAGGAGGUCCCCCACCCAUGUCGCAGAUGGAGUACGUCCAGAAGUACAAAAACGUGUCCAUCACGGUCGUCUAUUUGCCACCGAAUUGUACACGCAAGUCAAAAGAUGGGGACCAACUGACGACAAACUAUGUCGGAUAUUUUCCCGACGGGAAGAAAUUUGAUUCCACUUGGGAUCGAGGUGAACCCAUGACCUACGUGAUGGGAGAAGGCACGGUGAUCAAGGGCGCUGAAAUUGGCGCCAUUGGAAUGUGCGUAGGUGAACGACGUCACACCGUAAUGCCCCCAGCAUUAGCGUAUGGGGACAAGGACUAUGCACAAAUUCCUGGCGGAUCCACUCUGGUGUUUGACGAAGUUUUGAUGAAGUUGGAAGACGGUCCUUCUAAAGUUGACCCCAUGGAAGCGAUGGGUCUCGUCAAAAAUGCGGAUGGCUCGUACCCACUCUUCAAGUAA